AUGAGCGUCUUUACCCUCAAGGAGCUCGAGAAGACCCUUUCGUCCGUCGCUGCGAUUCACGCAAUGCAAGUCAAGGACACCCUCCAAGCCAUGCAAGACGAGAACCUCAUUCGAGUCGAGAAGAUCGGUAGCGGCAAUUGGUACUGGUGCUUCAUGUCGGACGCGAAGAAAUGCAAGGAGAAUAUUCUGAACAAGUUAAAGGCUGAGGAGAGCACCAUAACAACAGCGAUUGCGGAGACGGAAAGACAGAUCGAGGAGGAGAUGGCCAAGCGCGAGGAAGAUGAUGAGAACUUGCUCGAUGGCAAUGGUAUGGACAGGAAAGAGCUAUUGGAAGCUCAUGUAUUGCUGUUGAAGGAAAUGGAGGCUUUGGACAAGGAGUUGGCCUGCUACAGCGAUAAUGAUCCUGCGGAGCUGCAGCGCAAGAUCGUGGAGGCAAAGCAGCUGAAGAACAGUGCCAUUAGGUGGACUGACAUCAUUGAGUCCCUGGAGUCUCACAUCGGAACCCUUACCUCUGAUCGAAACCAAACUGCGGAGCUCAUGCUGUCAGCUUGCGGCGACGAGUACGUCUUCGGGGAAGGCUUGAAGGAGCUGUGA